UUAACCCAGUAGAGCGCACCUGUCGAUCAAAGCGCUGAAGCGAAGUAGGUAACUGGUAAGAGAGACACCAAAAGCUCCAAAGAAAGAAAGAAAGAAAGAAAGAAAGAAAUGGAGAAGAAAAUUGAAGAAAUUUCCAAGUAGAAGAAGAACCGAAGAAGGAAGAAUCCUGAACAUGGCGCACGAAAUGUGCUUCGACUGCCUCCACCGUCGGAUUCAAUCCGACUUCUCCGAAAAGCUCGUUUUCGUCUACGGGCUCUCCGAUUCCGCUUUCCCUUUCGGCUCCACUGCCGUCGUUCAGUUGUGGAAUUCAAGUGGGCAAACUGCUUCAGCUCCUCAGUUUUUGCUAAGCUAUCUGCCCAGUCAUGAACAAGAUUGCUUGACCAAAUAUGUUAAUGAAUAUAUAGGUGAUAAUGCUGAAGGCUGCAGUGAUAGUGUGAUUGCUAAUACGAUCACUUCCUCUGAAGUGAUUCGAGAUGAAGAGGAAGUUAGUUCAGAUGUUAACAAUGACCAAAAACCAAAGUUGGAUUCUUUGUCAAAUGGUGGCACGAAAACAUUUCUACAGAGUUCUACCUGUAACCAUUCCAGUAGGUUUUCUUGCUCGAGGGUGAUCAGCGGGUUGGCACCGAUUACUCACGUUGGCAUUUGUUCAGACUCCAUUUUCGAAGAGCUUGCUUCGGAAUUUUUGUCCAGGUCUCUGGAAGAUCACAUUUUGAACUCGCUUAGUCUCUUGAUUGAAGGGAAAGCUUCAGGAAGAGACAGUGUAAAUUUUCUUAACUUACUUGGGGUACCGUCGUUUGAUGAGAAUCAGUUCCCUGGCUCACUGAGGCAUCCAAAUAUUGCUCCCGUACUUGGGAUGGUUAAGGCAUCCAUGUAUAUUGAUAUAGUUCUUCCCAAAACUCCACAUACCUUGGAAAACAUUCUCCAUUAUAGUCCCGAUGCCUUAAAGUCUGAUUGGCAUAUAAGGUUUCUAAUAUACCAGUUACUCUCGGCUCUAGCUUAUAUUCAUGGUUUAGGGGUUUCCCAUGGCAAUAUAUGUCCAUCCAGUGUGAUGCUUACCGAAUCAUGCUGGUCUUGGCUGUGUAUUUGUGAUAAGCCCGGGGUAGGAUUUAAUCCAAGUUCUAGAGGUAAUAGAUGCACAACUAUUAUACCUGAAAAGGUAGGGUGCUCUAUAUCUGGUUGUCCUUCUCAAGGUCUUUAUGCUGAUUUGAAGCUUUCCCCAUCUAUAGACUGGCAUCGUGACUUUAAUCAAUGGUGGAGGGGAGAGAUUAGUAAUUUUGAGUAUCUGCUCAUCUUGAAUAGAUUAGCUGGGCGAAGGUGGGGUGACCACACAUUUCAUACAGUGAUGCCAUGGGUAAUAGAUUUUAGCAUGAAGCCUGAUGAGAAUUCAGAUGCAGGGUGGCGGGAUCUAAACAAGAGUAAAUGGAGGUUGGCUAAAGGUGAUGAACAGUUGGACUUCACCUAUUCAACAUCAGAGUUCCCACAUCAUGUAUCUGAUGAAUGUCUUUCUGAAUUGGCUGUCUGCAGUUAUAAAGCAAGGAGGUUACCUUUGAGUGUCCUACGUAUGGCUGUUCGCUCAGUCUAUGAACCUAAUGAAUAUCCUUCUACCAUGCAAAGACUCUAUCAAUGGACCCCUGAUGAGUGCAUUCCAGAGUUUUACUGCGAUCCCCAAAUUUUUCAUUCACUUCAUGCUGGUAUGACUGACUUGGCUGUACCUUCAUGGGCAUGUGGUCCUGAGGAAUUCAUUAAAUUGCAUCGUGAUGCUUUAGAAAGCGACCGGGUUUCACGCCAACUCCAUCAUUGGAUUGAUAUCACCUUUGGUUACAAGAUGUUAGGUCAGGCAGCUGUUGCUGCAAAGAAUGUAAUGCUUCCUUCAUCAGAGCCCAUGAUGCCAAGAUCAACGGGACGCCGUCAGCUUUUUACUCAACCUCACCCUAUGCGUCGAGGUGCAAUACCGAAACCAUGUGAUAGCACCAACGGGUCAGCUUUGUAUCAAGGGAAAAUGAAUGAAUUAAGUGGUGAGAGUUCUGUCCUGUUUGAAACUGCUUACUUGCAAGAUUUAGAAGAUGCAUCUGCCUUUUGUGAACAUGCUAUGCAUUUGAGUGCCCUCUAUGGCUACCAUCUAGACUCCGUGAAGGACAUUGCUCCUGUAGAAGAGUCAUCGGGCGAGUAUGUUAAGAAAAGUGUAACUCUAUCUGACACCAAGAAAAACCAGUGGUUGCGACAUAUUGAUACAAAUUAUCUUCUUGAGCAUGUUGAGGUGUUGGAUGAAGGUUCCAGUGGAUAUCAAGAGCUAUUGCUUUGGAGACAGAAAUCAUCAUGUUCAAAGACAUUUUCUGAAGAAAUUGCAAGGGACAUAUUUUCUGUUGGUUGUCUCUUAGCAGAACUUCAUUUGAGGAAGCCACUUUUUGAUCCAACCUCGUUGGCCGUGUACUUGGACAGUGGUUUAUUACCUGGACUGAUACAUGAACUUCCUCCUCACACCAGAUUACUUGUCGAAGCCUGCAUUCAAAAGGAUUGCAUGAGGAGACCAUCGGCUAAGUGUCUUUUGGAAUCACCUUAUUUUCCUACCACAGUCAAGGCAUCCUACUUGUUUCUUGCCCCCCUUCAGCUUCUGGCUAAAGGUGGAUCCUGCCUUCAUUAUGCUGCGAAUUUUGCAAAGCAAGGAGUCCUGAAGGCAAUGGGAACAUUUUCUGCUGAAAUGUGUGCUCCUUAUUGCUUAUCGCUUUUGGUUACUCCUUUAUCAGAUACUGAAGCUGAAUGGGCCUAUACAUUACUGAAAGAAUUUAUCAAAAAUUUGACACCUAAAGCAGUGAAACGAAUAGUCUUGCCCGCCAUCCAGAGGAUUUUACAGACUACAGGUUAUUCACACCUAAAGGUUUCUAUUCUACAAGACUCUUUUGUUCAAGAGAUAUGGAAUCAAACUGGCAAACAAGCAUAUCUAGAAACUGUACAUCCUCUUGUGAUUUUGAACUUGUAUGCUGCUGCACAUAAGAGUUCAGCAGCUGCCGCUUCCGUGCUGCUGAUUGGCUCAAGUGAAGAGCUUGGUAUACCUAUUACCACUCAUCAGACAAUCUUGCCUCUGAUUCAAUGCUUUGGGAAAGGUCUCAGUAGUGAUGGAAUUGAUGUGCUGGUUCGAAUUGGUGGUCUAUUGGGAGAGAGCUUCAUCGUCAGACAGAUGCUACCAUUGCUAAAACAUGUAUUUCAUUCCUGCAUUGACAUUUCACGUAUGAAUAAACCUGAGCCUGUCCACAGCUGGAGUGCUUUCGCACUUAUUGAUUGUUUAAUGACAAUAGAUGGCCUAGUUGCAUUCUUGCCAAGGGAGGUGGUUGCAAAGGAGCUAAUUGAAGAUAAAAGUUGCCUGCAUGUUCUGGUUCUUAUGCAGACAAGUUUAGAAUAUAGAGUGCUUCAGGUUGCUGCUACAACCCUAAUGGCAUUUUGUCAGCGGAUAGGACCGGAUUUGACAGCAUUGCAUGUUUUGCCACAACUUAAAGAGCUAUUUGAUGAGCUUGCGUUCUCACCAAAAACUGCCAAUGCUUCUACUUCCUUUGGCAGAAGGUUGAAGGGUUCAAAGCCAAAAAAUGAUGGGGCUCUGAUUGAAAGUCGUAUGGACCUUGUGUUGCUUUUGUAUCCUUCUUUUGCAUCCCUUCUUGGCAUAGAGAAGCUUCGUCAGUGUUGUGCAACAUGGUUAUUACUUGAGCAAUAUCUCCUACAGUAUCAUAACUGGAAGUGGGAACACACAGGAGAAUUGUCUCGAAGUGGUUCAGACACUGUACUCAGUAAAAGAAAUGCAUUCAGAAAGGGCUCAACUUCUGAAUACAGUCCUGCUAAGCUGUUGCUCAAUGGGGUUGGAUGGUCAAUUCCGCAAUCACAAGGGUCUAGAAGUGCCAAAAAAAACUUGAUGCCUCAAAAACGGUUAUUUGAAAUGCAUCAGAGUCCAGCUGAAAUGCAUGCAGCAACAUCAAAUUUAAAAUUUGAGCCCUGGUUUUGGUUCCCUAGUCCAGCUGCUAGCUGGGAUGGGCCUGAUUUUCUUGGGCGUGCUGGGGGUGUGAAAGAUGAACAUCCAUGGAAGAUCAGAGCAUCUGUCAUAUACUCAGUCCGUGCGCAUCCUGGGGCCCUACGGUAUUUAGCCGUCUGUCCAGAUGAAUGUACGGUUUUUACUGCAGGGAUUGGUGCAGGGUUCAAAGGAACUGUUCAGAAAUGGGAGCUGACUAGAAUUAAUUGUGUAUCCGGAUACUAUGGCCAUGAGGAGGUUGUGAACGAUAUUUGUGUCUUGUCAUCUAGUGGAAGAGUUGCGUCUUGUGAUGGGACAAUACAUGUUUGGAAUAGCCGAACUGGGAAAUUAAUUUCAGUAUAUUCUGAACCAUCUGUGGAUUCUGCACAUAGUGCAAGCCCUCCAUCUUCUUCCUCCAGGGUCAAUGUGGACCACGUCAAUAUGCUCAAUUCCAAUACACUGUCCGGUGGAAUACUGACCGGCGCAUUUGAUGGUAGCUUGUAUACUUGUAUGCAUCAGACAGAAUUUGGUGAAAAGCUUGUAGUUGGCACUGGAAAUGGUUCUCUCAGGUUCAUUGACGUUGUCCGAGGACAAAAGCUUCACCUUUGGAGGGGGGAUUCUACGGAGUCUGGUUAUCCUUCCCUUGUUUCUACCAUAUGCUCCUGUGGGUCUGACAAAAUGCAACCAGAUGGAGCAUCUUCACCAUCUUGGAUUGCAGCUGGAUUGAGUUCUGGUCAUUGUAGGUUAUUUGAUGCAAGGAGUGGCAAUGUUAUUGCCUCUUGGAAGGCUCAUGAUGGAUACGUGACAAAGUUGGCUGCACCAGAGGACCAUUUACUUGUGUCCAGCUCUCUUGACAGGACUUUAAGAAUUUGGGACUUGAGAAGGAAUUGGCCAUCUCAGCCCACAAUUCUUAAGGGUCAUACGGAUGGCAUAUCUUCGUUUUCUGUGUGGGGCCAAGAUAUUAUUUCGAUUGCCAGAAAUAAAAUUGGACUUUCUUCUUUAUCCAAAUCUGGUGAUGAGGAUGGGCAGCAGGCUGUUACAUGCCAAAAACUCUACAUGGCUGAUCAUGGAGCAAGAAACUUUUCAGUUUUGUCAAGCAUAAGUAUUUUACCCUUCUCAAGAUUGUUUCUUGUGGGUACAGAAGAUGGCUAUCUGAGAAUAUGUUGCUGAUCACUAUUGCCCAACUUUGCCAAGGAGGGCAAUUUAAUUAUAUUUCAAACUAUGCUGUAUAUUUUGUCCAUUGUUUUGGUUUGAAUUUAUAUUUCCCCUUUUAAGUUUGUAUCCUGAAGUUUGAGUGAAGAAAGAAAAGGGGGGGAGGGGGGGUGUGGUUUGGGGUGUGGCGGUGGUUUGCUCAAGCCACUCAUUGUAAUCCAUUGAUUGUAGUUAGAAGUAAUUCUUUUUGUAUAAUUGUUUGUAAACUGUUUUUCUUCGACAGCAAAAAGAAAAAAAUAAUGUAUAAUAUGGAAGUUAUGCUCUUU